AUGGCUGCUCCUGAUGAGAAAACGUCUCCGAAGAUCUUUGAUUACUGGAUAAGAAACCGCGCAGCCAAAUCUGUUCUCUACUACACCAUCAUGUUUCUGGUUUUCUUACUCGUCAUCAAUGCUGUUAGUAUCCUGUCUAAUUCCCCGCGAGCAACGUAUGGCCUGAGAAGUAUUCAGAAAACUCUUGGCAAACAAGAAACUCCAAAAGCUGAUGAUGCACCAGUUGAAUCACCAAGUGUUGAAGCAGAGGAAGAGGAAGAGGAAGAUCCUCUUGUGCCACCAGAAAACUUGUCCAGGGAAGAAAGAAUGGCUUGGUUCAGAAUUCAACUUCCAAAGCUUGAUAUACUGAAACCGUGCAAUUCAUCACAGCAUUUUCACAUGAGAAUCCUGAGCUUCCUCAACAAAAACUGUUCCACAUUGUUUCACAUUAUAUGGUUAUCACCGGCAAAGUCAUAUGGGAAAAGAGAACUCCUGACUCUGGAUUCAUUCUUCAGUGUCUAUCCUGAAGGAUGCUUGGUGAUUCUAUCAAACACUAUGGAUUCCGUGCGUGGUUACAGAAUUCUGAAGCCAUUUCUUGACCGUGGAUUCAAAGUUACGGCAAUUACUCCGGAUUUGCCAUUCUUGUUCAAGGACACUCCAGCUGAAUCAUGGCUUGAAGAGAUCAGAAGCGGGGAUAAAGACCCUGGAAAUAUCCCCUUGUCCCAGAAUCUGUCCAAUCUCAUACGACUAGCAAUGUUGUACAGGUAUGGAGGAGUCUACAUGGAUGCGGAUAUGAUAAUUCUGAAGGAUUUCACACAUUUCAGAAACGCAGUAGGAGCCCAGAGUGUGGAUUCAAGUUAUAGGGAGAGUUGGAAGCUCCCCAGGUUACAACCUCAUGAUUUGCCUCCAAAGGCAUUUUUCCCUGUAGAUUGGAUUAAAAUUGUCAGGCUGUUCAAGAAGCCAGAAGAUGAAACAGAAUCAAAAUGGAUGGGAAAUAGGUUUAUUGAAUUACUAUAUGAUGGGGAGACUUACACAAUUCACAUGUGGAACAAGAUUAGUAAAGUCACUGAGAUAGAACAGGGAAGUGUCAUUGCAAGAUUAGCCUCCGCGCGUUGUGUUAUCUGUGUCAAUAUCACAAACAGUUGA